AACAUAAAAAACAAACAAAUAAAAGUAUCCAAAACUAAUUCAGGAUGCACGGGAUGUGUACGUACAACUUGAACUCAUUAAGAAGCAUUUUACAAAAACAAAGGAAGUUACCUUUAAACUACGGAAGAUAUCGAGUUCGCUUUUAUAAUGCGACAAUCGAUAAUAUUCGUGAGACUGCUUCUGCUUCAGAUUUACCGCAGGCAAUGUCAGAUGUUGCAAAAAGGGAGGUACAACAUCACAGUAAUUUAGCCGAUGAGUGGUGGAAUGUUAAUGGACCUCUACAAGCCUUACAUAGCUUAAAUUCUAUAAGGGUACCAUUUAUUCGAGACGGUCUAGUAGCGAGGGGUUCCAUCGAUGCUAAAGCGGUGAGCACUACACAUGUGUUGGAAAAUCAACAAAUACUUGAAGUAGGUUGUGGAGGGGGUAUACUAACUGAACACUUGGCUCGUUUGGAUGCUAAGGUAACAGGCAUCGACUUAAGCGAUGCAUUAAUAAAUGUGGCCCGUGAGCAUUUAAAGAAACAGGCAAACGCUCGUCUGCUCGAAAACAUAACUUAUAAGAUCGAGCCGAUCGAAAUCCAUGUGAAAGAUAAGUGCAACUUUUAUGAUGCGGUGGUGAUUUCAGAGGUGUUGGAACAUAUUGAUGAUAAAGUGGCUUUCUUGACAGCUUGCGUGCAUAGCGUAAAGCCUGGCGGUUCCGUUUUCAUUACCACUCUUAACCAAACUAUUCCAAUGUGGUUGGGAGGCGUCUUGGUUGGUGAAUAUGUGAUAAAUGCAGCUCCAAAGGGCACUCAUCGAUGGGAACAACUGAUUUCUCCACUAAAUGUGCAGAGGAUUUUAGAUACGAUGGGUUGUCAAACCAUUCUGGUAAACGGAAGUAUCUACGAAUUCUGGCGGAAUAGCUGGCGUUGGAUUAAUUCCACUAGUGAAAUUCAAACCUUGUUUUGUAUAUGAGCAGUCUAACCGGUGUAAUUUCAUGUUAAAAAAGUUAAAGCUUUGAAUUCG